GGAGGAAAACAAAUGAGAAAAAGGAUUCCCUGUAGGUUGUCCUUCGAUCACAUCAAUGGCUUCAAGUCACAUCCUGCUGAAUAGCCUAUGGGUGGUGUGCAUGGCGCUUCUGAUGCUUCUUGCAGGAAUGGCUCUGCUGUUUCUUGUUUAUCUAUGGCUGACCUGGUACGCUUCUCUUCAGGCUAGGGUUAGUACUAACAUUACUGAGAGGCAUGGGCUGUCCAAGUCUGAUAUUCAGAAGUUACCCACAGUUAUCUGCAGCUCCAAUACCCACCAGGAGAAAGAUGACAGGAAGAAGAAUUUGAGUGAUGAUGAUAAGACAGAGAGUAAUGAUGAGUUUUUCAUUAGUGGGGAUUUGGAAUGCUGUGUGUGUUUGGAGCAGUUUAAGGAUGGGGAGAGAUGUGUGCUUAUGCCCAAAUGUAGGCAUUGUUUUCAUCUGGAUUGUGCAGGUGCAUGGCUUUCCAAGCACUCAAUUUGCCCUCUGUGCAGAUCCAGUGCCCACCCUAAUCAACAUGAUAUUCCUCAUAGUGCAGCCAUUGAUAUUCUCGCCUAGGGUAUUGUGUAUGUUUUCUACUCCUGUAGUUCCAGUUAUUUGAUCUGUACAGUGUGGUGUGAGAUAUUCUUUGUUCUAUUAGCAGAAGCAUUGACUGUAAUUUUAGAAAAAAUAUUUUGGGGUUAGUAGCUUUCUGGAGGGGUUGGUAGCUAUAUGAAGAAGAAGAGAAUGGUAUAUCUGGGUAUGGUUAGCAAGUUAUUCAAUGGUAACAGUACUACUUUCAAGACUCAGUUUAAAACCUAUAAUAUUUAAUAUGUGGUGUACGCAUGUGAUAUACUGGAAGUUAGCCUAGCUGAUCCUCCUUUUAUCUCUGAGAGCCUCAUUAGGACAGCAUUGGAAAUAAUGGAGUCUAGCUUUCUGAGAGGGUUUUACUCUAAUUUAGAGAUCUGAUAUAAAAUUCUUUACUUGCUGUGA